UAUGUUAGAGAAAUAAAAAAAUAGAAAAACAAACAAAAAUCUCAAGGCUACUGCGAAUGAGGAGGGAGUGAAGUGAAGUGAAGCUGUCUGUAUCCUAAUUAGCGACUAUCUGUUUGCGAGUCUCCCCCAGUUCAUGGUUCUUCUCAAUAAUCAUGACCUCCAAAAUUUCAGUUUCCACAUUACCAUUUCCCCCAUCUUCCCCAACAUCUACUUGCUCAAGACUUUCACCCUCCACUUCCACUUCCUCUUCCAUCUUAUACCCCAUAACCCCCAAAUUUCAUCUCUCCUUGUGUAAUUUCCCACUGGGUCUCCGCCUUUUCUCUCCAUGGACUGGUUUAAAGCACUUGGGUAUUUCUACCAGAGGAAGGUUUCCCGGUGGUAUUUUUGCAGAGAGAAGGAAGAGAAUUCCUAAGGGGAAAGCAGUUUUUGCAUCUUUGUUUGGGGUUGGAGCUCCCGAGGCACUGGUUAUUGGGGUUGUGGCUUUGUUAGUUUUUGGUCCCAAGGGCCUUGCUGAGGUUGCUCGGACUCUGGGGAAAACCUUACGUGCAUUUCAACCCACUAUUAGAGAACUCCAGGAUGUUUCUAGAGAAUUCAAGACCACGCUCGAGCGAGAAAUUGGUCUCGAUGAAAUUGAGAGUUCAGUUAACAGCUCAUACAAUGCCAGCAAAUCUACCUACUCAAACCCACCUUCUGUUUCUAAAGCAGAAGAAUUUGUUUCAAACUCACCUUUUCUUCCUAAAGCAGAAGAGCUUUCAGUGGCUGAACCAAAUGAUUCUUCAUCAGCAAGCAAAGCUUAUAGCUCUGAAGAAUACCUAAAAGUUACAGAAGAGCAGCUAAAAGCUCAAGAUGAGCUUCAAACCAAUUUUGUAGCCCAAAACCAGAGUGGAUCUCAAGUACAGCGUGAAGGAACUGUUGAAGAACCUGCCACGGGUGCUCCUGAACUCCAAAAUCUUGACAUAGGUAAGGUUGAGGAGUCAACUGCCUCAGCACCCGGACCUCCUGGAACUGAGACGUAGAGUUAUUGGAAUCGGAAUCCAUUGUGGAUGGAUGAGUAUUUGUUGUUUCAUCAAUGGAUUGGAUAUGAUACAACAUGUUUGUUUAGGUGGGCAAUUAGAAAAUGUGUUAGUGUUUGGGAGAGGUGAUUUUAUCAGUGUCUUGGAACGUAAUUAGUUUCUAGGCAUUGGAUAAGAUGGUUUUUGUUGGAUUACUAUUAAGUAGAAUUCCUUCCUCAUUUCAUAUUAAUAUCUUCCACGGAUUUUAGUUUUAAAAAAAAAAUAUAUAAUUCUUAGUC